CAUGCAAUUCUCGCUAAAUCAUCCUUCACCAAUCUCUCCUUCUUUCACGACUCUCCAGUCUCCACCUGAAAUUUUCCCGAGAAUCAUUCUCAGUUUUUCCCGAGAAAAUUUCCUCAUUCUCAUUUUCUUUUGCUGUUGAACUCAGAUUUGGAAAUUUCCUAUUUCUGUUUUAACCAAAUUUUCACAAAAAAAAAAAAAAAAAAUUCCUUCUGAACGUUCAUAGUGGGGAAUUUCGGGUCGGGUCGGGUUGUAAAAGGCGGGUUUCACGGUGGUGAUAGAUUCACCUUCUGCUUCUUUUGAGGGGGUUAGCCCCGAGGCUCUUCGCCUCGGCGGGUUUCAAAUUCCCCCCAAUUCCUUCUAACAUAUUCACAGAUUCAUUUUUUUUUCUGUUGAAAAAUUUUGAUUUCACAAAAUUUUGUUUUUCGAAACAUUCAUUUGUAACCGUUCGUUGAAGGAAGAAGAAGAAGAAGAAGAUGCCUGCUCUAGCUUGUGUUGAUACUCCCAUCGAUGCCUUCUCCGUUGAUUGCUCCGGCGUCUUUCUUCCGUCGUCUGCCACCGCCGCGGUUGUUGACGGUUCUUGCCAUUGGUCACCGUCGCUCUCCUCCUCUCUUUACCGUAUCGACGGAUGGGGAGCUCCGUAUUUCUCAGCUAAUACCUCCGGGAACAUCUCCGUUCGUCCUCAUGGCUCAAACACUUUGCCUCACCAAGACAUCGAUCUGAUGAAGGUUGUGAAGAAGGUGACAGAUCCGAAAACCUCCGGUGGUUUGGGAUUACAGCUUCCGCUUAUCGUUCGUUUCCCUGAUGUUCUGAAGAAUCGUCUCGAGUGUCUUCAAUCAGCGUUUGAUUACGCGGUUCAGACUCAAGGCUAUGGUUCUCAUUACCAAGGUGUGUAUCCUGUGAAAUGUAAUCAAGAUCGGUUCGUUAUCGAAGAUAUUGUUGAGUUCGGAUCGAGUUUUCGAUUCGGGUUGGAAGCUGGUUCGAAGCCUGAGAUACUCCUUGCUAUGAGUUGUUUGUGUAAAGGUAACACUGAUGCCUUUCUUGUCUGUAAUGGUUUUAAAGACUCUGAGUAUGUCUCGUUGGCUUUGUUUGGGAGGAAACUUGAGUUGAAUACUGUGAUUGUUCUUGAGCAAGAAGAAGAGCUUGAUUUGGUUAUUGAUUUGAGUCAGAAGAUGAACGUGAGGCCUGUGAUUGGGUUAAGAGCUAAGCUGAGAACCAAGCAUUCUGGUCAUUUUGGGUCUACUUCUGGUGAGAAAGGCAAGUUUGGAUUGACUACGAUUCAGAUUGUUCGUGUGGUUCAGAGGCUUCGUCAAGUUGGUAUGCUUGAUUGUCUCCAGCUUCUGCAUUUUCACAUUGGUUCACAGAUCCCGUCCACGGCUUUGUUAUCCGACGGUGUGGCUGAGGCUGCGCAGCUUUACUGUGAGCUUGUUCGUCUUGGUGCUCAUAUGAAAGUUAUUGAUAUUGGUGGUGGAUUGGGGAUUGAUUACGACGGGUCUAAAUCAGGGGAGUCGGAUCUCUCUGUUGCUUAUACUCUUGACGAGUAUGCUGCAGCUGUUGUGGCAUCGGUGAGGUUUGUUUGUGAUCAGAAAUCUGUGAAGCAUCCCGUGAUAUGCAGUGAGAGCGGUCGAGCUAUUGUCUCACAUCACUCGGUGUUGAUCUUUGAAGCUGUUUCAGCUAGUAAACAACAUGAAACCCCAACUGAUGUUCAGUUUAUGCUUGAAGGGUACUCUGAGGAAGUCCGAAAUGAUUACGAGAAUCUUUAUGGUGCUGCGAUGCGUGGUGAUCAUGAAAGCUGCUUGCUUUAUGUUGAUCAGCUGAAGCAGAGAUGUGUUAAACGGUUCAAAGAAGGUUCCUUGAGCAUUGAACAGUUAGCUGGUGUUGAUGGGUUAUGCGAGUGGGUGAUUAAGGCAAUUGGCGCAUCGGAUCCGGUUCUGUCUUACCAUGUCAAUCUAUCGGUUUUCACUUCGAUCCCUGAUUUUUGGGGGAUUGAUCAGCUGUUUCCAAUAGUUCCAAUCCAUAGGCUUGAUCAGAGGCCUGUGGCGAGAGGGAUCUUAUCAGAUUUGACGUGCGACAGCGACGGAAAGAUCAACAAGUUCAUAGGCGGAGAAUCGAGCUUGCCAUUGCACGAGCUGGAAAACAACGGCUGCAGCGGGGGUAGGUACUAUUUGGGAAUGUUCCUGGGCGGGGCAUAUGAGGAAGCUCUAGGUGGAGUCCACAAUCUGUUUGGUGGACCAAGUGUAGUCCGAGUCUUGCAGAGCGAUGGACCUCACGGAUUCGCAGUGACACGUGCUGUGAUGGGCCAGUCCUCUGCAGAUGUCCUCAGAGCGAUGCAGCACGAGCCUGAACUCAUGUUUCAGACUCUUAAACACCGAGCCGAGGAGCAGAGGAACAACAACAAAGCUGGUAGUGAUAAUAAGGGAAACGACAAACUAGUAGCCGCAACGUGUCUUGCUCGUUCAUUCAACAACAUGCCUUAUCUCUCCAUGGAAACGUCCACAGACGCUCUCAUAGCAGCGAUCAACAACCUCGGUGUUUACUACCAGGACGAAGCUGCAGCUGGUGGCGACGGCAAGGGCAAGGAUGAGAAAUGGUCUUACUUCGGUUGAUUGAGACUUGCGAGAGAGACCUGGCAUCCUCUUGUCUUUUAUCUUCACCGUACGAUUCUAGUUCUUAUUUGUCUGUAAAAUUCAGUUUUUAAGUUUUAAGUUCUUUCCUUGUAAUAAUAAGACAAACUCUUAGCAAAUUUUAAUAAUAUUAUCAUCGACCACUA